AUGGGUUAAACAAAUUCAUAAAAUUUACAACAAUCAAAAAUGGAUGUUCCUAAAAUCAGUCAACUAUAAUUUUGGAAGUAAUCUACAGAUAUUCGGUAUGGAGAGAUAAGAAUAUUCAAAACUUAAGAUCAACAUGCUGUAGCUGUUAAAGAUCAUAUUUUUUAAGAUGAUGAAUAAUGGAAUUAAUUCAAAAUAAUAUAAGAAAAAUAUAUGGGAAAUGUAUAUUAUAAUCAUUAAUAAUUUAUAGAAAUAGAGUACUCCUUUCUUAAUUUAAAUGAUCGAUUUAUAACAUGUUACAGAAAAGGAAUUAUGCACUCAAUUAACUUAAGCACAUAGUGUUUAUGAAUAUUUUGAUGAAUAUUUAGAAAGAGUAAUUAAUGAGUUAAGUGAAACAAAAUAAUAUUUUGAUGAAAUUGAAAUAAUUGCUAUGUUACAUUGUACAGUAAUAAAUUGAAAUAUAAUAUUAGUUAAUGGCAUUAUAAAAAUUGAAUGAUCAAUAAAAAUAACAUGGUGAUAUUAGACCUUUAACUAUAAGUGUAACAUCAUAUGCUCAAAGAAGUUAAUUUCGUUAGAAUCAUCCAUUUUCAGUUUUUAAAUUAACUGACAUCUAAGAAAUGACAGAUAUGAAUGCUUAUAGAAGAUGCAUUGCUAAAUAAUAAGGUUAAUAUAAUUUAAGUCCUGAAUAAUUAUCUUCUCUUAAACAGAAAGUAUUAAGACCAAAUAUUGAUUAAAAUAAAUCAGAUGUAUUUUGUAUUGGUUUAACAGCAUUGUAAAUGGCAACUUUAAGUUUUGUUUAGGAUAUUUAUGAUAUUUAAAGCUAUACUUUUAAUAUGGAAAAAUUAGAUGAUUAUUUAUUUUUCUUAAAAUCUUAAUAUAGCCCUGAUUUAUAUGAUAUUGUUGAAUCUUUACUUAUAAUGGCACCUGAUAAUAGGCCAAAUCCAAAACAGGCACAUGAACUAUUAUAUAAAUACAGAUUUUAGUUGGAAGACUAUUUUAGAGUAAUAUUAUAUGAUUAUCAUAGUCAUCUACUAUUGCUGAAUAUAUACCAAGUUAUUCAAUUGAUUUUAGAGAAUAGAGUGAUGUAUAUCAAAAGUAAAGAGUUGUUGGGCUUUAAUAACAUACUUUAUAAAACUAAGAUCCAAAUAAUUAAUUAUAUCAUUAGGUUGAAAAUCUUGAUUAAAGGGCAAAGAUAGCUUUAAAAAGAAGUUAAGAUGCCUAAAUAAGAUUCUAAAGAUCACCUAAUUAAAAGUUUAAAGUUCCUAUUCCUAAUUGGGAACCAACUAAAAGUCUACAAUAGUAUUCUAGUUUAUAACCAAUUACUUUAUAAGAAAUUCUACCUUUAUAAAAUAAAUAAAUGAAUAUAUAGAGUGAUCAAAUCAUUAUUUAGGAUCCACCUUCUAAUAGACAAUCUUUUUUUAAAAAUUUAACCAAUCCGUAAUAAUAUUAAUAACAGAAUUACAAUGAACAUGAAUAAAUUAUACAUAAUGAUGAUGAAUAUGCAUAUAAUCAUUAAGAAAUUGAUGAAUAACCAAAACAAAGUUUAGUUGAAUAAGUCGAAUUAACUAAUUCAAAUUUAAAAACACUAUAAUAAAAACCUAUUGUAAAUUAGUAUGAUAAUAACUUAUUUUAAUAAUAAUCAUUAUUUCAAUCAAUUAAUACAGAUUAGAAGAAAUUUCCAUAAUAAUAAUAAUAGUAACUACAAUAAUAAACCUAUUCAUAAAUUUAAUAAUAAUAAUCAUAUUAAUAUUCAAAUUAAAUUUAAUCAAAACAAUUAUAAAAUAUUGAAUAGUAAUCUUAAGCUCGAUCAUCAACUUAUAAUUAUCCCUCAAAUUAAAUAAAUGAAAGUAUAAAUGAUCAUCAAAGAUCUCCUUAUGCUUUAUAAUAAAGAUAAUCUUUGGCAUUAUCUCAAGAUAAGGUGAUUACCUAAUAAUUAACAGGGCAAUAAGUUGAAUAAACACUUUAAAAUCUAUAAAAUAGAUAAUCAAUUCGUUAAGAUUCUUUUGGUGUAGGAUCUCAUAGACCACAAUAACCAUUGGUAGUACCAAAAUCUCCAGAAAUAGAACCUAAAAAUAUAUUCCCUUAAUUUGAAUAGGAAAAAUAACCCUAAAUUUAAAGAUCUCCAAUCUAACCACUUGAAAGAAUUGAUGAUGAUGAUUAAGAACCAAAUUAUAAUCCACAUUUAACUGAAUCUAAUGACUCUUAAUAAGCAAUAUCUGUACAAAGCAAACCAUAGAGUAUGAGAGGCACAAUGGUUGGUAGUUAAUCACAAUUAAAGGUUCCUCCAUCUGUGGCAUCUAGAUAAUAACGUCCAACUGUCUAAAAAUAAUCAACAACUUCAUAGAAAAAUAUAUAUAAUCUUUCAUAAAAGAAAAGUAGUAAAAUCAUAAAAAAAUGA